GCUCAUUCAGUAUUUAAGCUGCCACUAAAUAUUCAGAAUAACCCUGACGCAGUAUGCAACAUUAAGAAACAAUCGUCCAUGGCCACUGUGCUGAAACGGUGUAAAAUUAUUAUUUGGGAUGAAUGUACUAUGGCACACAAACAUUCACUUGAGGCGUUGAACAGGACAUUGAAAGAUAUUAAAAACAGUGACAAACUAUUUGGCGGAACUCUGUUGGUCCUUUUAGGUGAUUUCAGACAAACACUUCCAGUCAUUCCACGUUCAACAUACGCUGAUGAGAUCAACGCUUGCUUAAAAUCAUCUCCAUUGUGGCGUAAUGUUGAAAAAUUACAGCUAAAAAUAAAUAUGCGCGUUCAAAUGCUUCAAGAUCCAUCCGCUGAAACAUUUUCAAAACAACUCUUAGAUAUCGGUGAUGGAAAAGUUGCUAUAGAUGAAACUGGAUACGUAAAAUUACCGACCGAUUUCUGCACUAUCGCUGAUUCGCAAGAUACUCUCAUUGAACAAAUAUUUCCCGAUGUACACACACAGUACAUAAAUCAUGAGUGGCUUGCAGAAAGAGCGAUUUUAGCGGCAAAAAAUGUAGACGUUGACAAUUUAAAUCUGAAGAUACAAAUGUUGUUGCCAGGGAACUUGGUAUCAUAUAAAUCUAUUGAUACAGUUUGCGACGACAGCGAAGCAGUAAAUUUUCCCACAGAGUUUUUGAACUCACUGGAUUUGCCAGGCAUGCCACCGCAUAAUUUACAAUUAAAGGUUGGAUCUCCAAUUAUCUUGCUUCGUAAUUUGAACCCGCCCCGGCUGUGCAACGGUACGCGAUUAGUCAUUCAAAAAUUAAUGAAAAACGUGAUUGAAGCCAGGAUUUUAAAUGGCAAGUUCAGAGGUGAAAAUAUACUCAUACCACGGAUUCCUAUUAUACCUACAGAUGUGCCAAUUCAAUUCAAACGUAUUCAGUUUCCGAUUAGAUUGGCAUUUGCAAUGACUAUCAACAAAUCCCAAGGUCAAACGAUGUCUGUUUGUGGAUUAGAUUUGAGAACACCAUGUUUUUCACACGGACAAUUAUACGUGGCAUGCUCUCGAGUGGGUAAACCAUCCAGUUUGUUUGUGUUAGCUAAAGAUGGACUAACAAAAAAUAUUGUUCACGCUAUAGCAUUAAGAGAUUGAUAUUGUUUAAUAGUGUUACUGUCGUAAU